AUGGAGAAGUAUCGUCAGGCGCUCGAGCGGGCUCGAUCGUUUGAAGACGAUGAUGAGUUCUUCCCUGGUCCACUUGAGGCCAUCAAACCUACCCAUCUGACAACACCAGACCGCCCAACCGGCGGUUCUCUCUUCACACCGCCUGCGGGCCCGAGGAAAUGGAGGGAGUCACGCACGAAAUCUGCUGCGAUUCCGAUCAUGCAGCCUCCAGAUGCGAAGAAUGGUCAAGCAAAGGGCGGCGACACCGGUCUUAAGCCUCCUCCGCAGGCUAGGUUUUGGUGGAAGGCUCCUUUUCCUGAGGACAAGAAUGAUGAGGCCUACCCUUACGAUGGGAAUUGGUAA